AAGUUUUGUCCACUGAGAGCUGCUCAGUUAACUUUUCGACGUCGGAGAAAUCACAUUUGAUCCGAAGAAUUUAAAUACAGCGCAGACAGUCCGGAGAGUCAGUGAUUUCAUCGAGAAGAUCUUGAGAGAGGCGGAGAGUAUUGAAAACAAGUUUAAGGCGGCUCUCCAGGAAUUUAAGGCAUCACAGACCCAGAUCCCGGAAUUCGAGGUCUAUAAUCCGCCAUGUCGUCCACGUCUUGUGUGAAGCUGAUUGUGUACGCCCUCGACGUACUUUGCACGUUGCUGGCCUUGGUGCUCAUAUCCUUCGGCAUUUAUGUGGUGGCGUCUUACGAUAUGGAGAGUAUCGGACAGCUAACGGCCUACACCUACGUAGGACUGGGAGCUGCUGCCCUGGUGGUUUUGUUUUGGGGAUACUUGUCUGCCUGGCGCGAGAAUGUGUGCUGCACAGUCACAUUCAUUGUUUUGCUCUGCCUGGUCAUCAUUGCUCAGUUCGGCGCAGUCUACGUGCUAAUCGUCCAUGAGAAAUCGGUGGCCAGCAACCUGGCCAAUCCCCUGGAAGCAACAUGGGAGGAGGAACUGAACAGUCCCGGCGCUAUGUCGCUCUACGAGAACUGGUUCCAGUGCUGUGGUCGUGGCAGUCCCCAAGAUUAUGUUGUCAACGAACGCCUGCCGCCGGACACCUGUUUCCGAAACCACGACAAGAGCAAGCCAGAAAAUCUGAUCCACGGCGGUUGCCGUGUGGAGUUCGAGAACUAUUGGCUCAACCUGUCCCACAUUUUCAACAUCCUGGCCCUCGUGCUAAUUGGAUUGGAGCUCCUGCUCAGUGUCAUCUCCUGCCGCUUGUGCAAUGGCAUUCGCAACGAUGCCCGUCGAUCUUACUUCUAAAAAAAGCAAAACUCAAAAUACUCAAUUAGGAAACUAGAGAUGGGCAAUGAACUUGUUAAAUUUGUUAACAAUAUUUUCAUAUUACUGAAGUGGUUGGCUGUUUUUUUAAAACUGGGGCGAUUCAUGAUAAAGUUUUUCAAAUUGAAACUCAUCAAAUUAUAUUGUUAAACCCUACUCACACGUUGAUUUUAGUGAAAAGCAGAGCAAGUAACUCACAAAUAAUAUUUAAGAAAAGUAAAAUAGUUUUAACUUUAUUUAUUAAAAGUAUUUCUAAAUAAACGAAUAAAA